AACAGCUACAACGUGUAGUCUAUGCGUAUGUAUGUAAGCCUUUCUAUAAGCAGGUUUGAAGGAUUGAGGAUGGCAACAAAAUCAAAUUUGUACACGUGCGUGAACUGUGGAAAUCAAGUUCAAGAGCUUUUUAAGCAAUACAGUGAAAGUGUUUUAAAAUUAGUGCACUGUAGUCAGUGCCACCAGGUGGCUGAUAAGUACAUUGAGUAUGAUCCUGUGAUUGUUAUGAUAGACCUUUCAUCAUUCCAAAAUCAUUGGAGACUGGCUGUAGUUUUGGCAUUGUUUGAAGCGUAUUCAGGAUGGACAACACAUAGAAAUGUAGGAUCUACUGAUGGAAACAAUACAUCUCCUUAUGACUUGUUUGAAGGUGAACGAAGCUUCUACUUCGAGUGUUUACAGACUGUUUUUGGGUCAGCCAUGCUGUUGUUGUUUAUUCAUGCUUUGACGUGGUUACGAUGGCAGGUUCAUGCUCAGUCUAGACCACAAAACUACAAUAACCUUGUUCUCUGGAAAUCUCUUGUUUUAUCUAACUGUGGUAAAUUCCUAAUGAUACCCAGUUUAAUAUGGGGAGAAAUUGGUACUGAAACACAUUCUAUAUUCGUAAUGGGCUAUACGUUUCUCUCCCAAGUGAAAAUAUACUCAGUUGUUUCUAAUACAUCUAAAGUGGGAGCUGGAGUCAUAAUCUUCUUUGGAUUAACUUUAAAAUUUUAUGUGUGUCACAUGAUUUUAAAAAUGAAAUUACAUGAAGAUUUUCAGCUGUUAUGCAAUGCUGUAACUUCAAAGGUCUGGACUAUGCAGAUGCCUUCUUAAAACAAAGGAAGAGCCAAAGUAGUACCAGAGGCUUAUGGCUCCUGGGGUAUGUGGCACUACUACCAGAGGCUAGGAAGGCCCUGACUAGGGUGUUUAAAAGGCCCAGGUCUGAGUACAGUACUCUAGUUAAUGAGAUUAACCAUUUUCAAGGACUUUGUGAGACCCGGAACUAUAAGGUGGCCCUGAUUAUGGCUACCAGUAUAAAAGCUUUGUAGCUCAGAGCUUCCAGUGAGAUCCUACUACAUAGGAUAUUGUACAUCAGGGGAUGUGCAGGGCUGCUAGUAGAUUAAGUGACCUGGGUUGUACAAAAGAUUAAGAAAUGGUUGCAGUGCAAGGCUUGCCUAGGCACCCACCCCAUUUACAAUGUAAUGUCUUUUUUAUAUGUCAGUGUGAAUGGAUAGGAACAUAGAUAACAGGUGUUUGGUGUUGAGGAGGAAAUUUGGGCCUAGGAGAGAUGAGGAUGGGUAUGGAGAAAAACUGCAUGAUAAUGAGCUUAAACAUUUGUACUCCUCCCCCAAUAUUGUCAGGGCGAUUAAGUCAAGAAGAAUGAGAUGAGUGGGGCACGUGGCAUGCAUGGAUGGGGCAAGAGGUGUGCACAAGGUAUUAGUUUAGAAGCCUGAAGGGAACAGACUGCUGUAAAUUUGAUUUGGGCAAGUUUGCUGCGCCAACAUAAAAUUUGUUGCCGCUGAAACAACGUGCGUGUUAAUUGUGUGGUGUCUUGAGGAAAGUGGUCGGUUAGGAUGGAGUUGUAUUACACGUAGUUGGCAUAAAUUUAUCGUGAAAUAUGUCAAGUGUUUAUUGAAUAGACAUUCUAUAUGGCAGCUUCUUGCGGCUCGGUGAGCUGAAUACCUAGAGACAGCAUAGAAAGAUCAGUCAAGGGUUUUCUUAUUAAUGUUUGCUGCAAUUGUUAUUUAUUCUGAAACAUGUACAUUAAUACUAUGCACAACUGAGAAGAAUUAACCACGAUACAGAUUAGUAGUUUUGUAUUUAAGAGGGCAGUUGUUUUAAAGAGGGGAUGAUUUGCUAAUAUGCGUGUAUAUGUAGAGCAAUGAAUCACAAGAUAUACUUGCAGGAUAGAAUACUCUUGUAAUAAACAAUGGAGAGAGGAAGGAAAACAUUUACACAGUUUGAUAGCCAUGUAUACUUUAUAUCACUUAGGUAGACAUUUACAAAAUUUCUGCUCUGUGUGUCACAUGUGUCAAACACUUACUUCUGACAAGUUUUAGAACUUUACUAUGCCCCUCUGGUUUCAUGGCUCCUGCAGUAUAAGAUUGGAAAUGUUAUCAUGUACUGUAUGCUGUAACCAUUUCAAAUAAUUUAUGUACAAUUUUUAUACCUUUGUAAGUGUUGUAAGAAAAGCUAUGUGGAAACAGCCACUGAUUCAAGCAUUUUGUCAUUAUCAGAUUUCCAGUUACAAGAUUCAAAGUUGAAAAAUUCAGACAUUGACUUAUAUGUCUGUCAAAACUUUGUUUGCCUUUUGGUGGAAAUAAGUGUCAACUACAUAAUGAUUCCAAUAAACAAUCUGCAUGUUUGCGCA